UAGAGUGUAAGUGAUAAAGAAGAAAAGACUCGUCGAAACAUAUAGUACUAUCUUGAGCCAUGAACUCUCUUGGAAUAGAAGAAAACAUCAAGCUCUCAACAGUAUUAAUGAAAUGAGAGUUACUUAAUCAGAAAAGAUGAUGAGUGAAUUGUACCAUCAAAUAACAAAGAGGUGUGAAGAUUGUGGAAAUCAAGCAAAGAAAGAUUGUGCAUAUUUGAGAUGUAGAACUUGUUGUAAAAAUCGAGGGUAUGAAUGUCAAACUCAUGUCAAGAGCACUUGGAUCCCUCUCUCUACAAGGCGUCCAAGACAUCACCAGGUUUCUAUUACUAUUCAACAACCAAACCCUAAAAGAUAUAGGGAAAAUCAAUCACUAUUACCAACAGGUGGAGAAGAAGUAGAAGAACUUCCUUCAGAAUUGAGUUUACCGGCAUUAUUUCGUUGUGUCCGAGUAAGUUCAGUAGACAAUGUGGUGGAUCAAUAUGCCUAUCAGACAUCAGUCAACAUAGCAGGACAUGUUUUUAAAGGGAUAUUAUAUGAUCAAGGCUUUGAUCAUCAUGACAACAAUAUGCCUAAGGAAAAUUUCUCAAGUGCCUUCCACCACCAAUUUACAAAUUUAACACCACCAUCUACUUCUAAUUACCCUACUCCUAUUACUACUUUCAUGCCUGCUACCCAAUUUUUCCAAUACCCAAAAUCAUCCUAAAACAAGGAUUUCUGUUGCUUGAAUUCUUCAAAAAUAUUAUCUAAUAUGUUGGACUCUUCAAAAGUUGUUCAUUUGAAAGAUUGAGCAACAUGUAUAUAUAUUGCUAGCUAGAUCUUACUUCUCCAGCUAUAUUUUUAUGUACAUUCCAAGUCAUGUACAGAUCAAUAAAGCCUCCAUGA